GUGAGUUUUCCCACCAAGCUGCCAGUCUGGGGAAGUAGACGAGGCUCUCUGCUCUCCUCACCUCCGGUCUUUCUGAGUCUCCUGUGCUCUUCUUUUGUUGUUUAUGGCCGCCUGUCUCCUCAUCUUAGCCCUGAAUCUUCUGUGUGAAACAGGACGAAGGAGAAGAGGAUUUUCUCUCCUGUCUCUCCUCUCUUCUCUCACCUCUACACUCAUCGUUUUCAUCACUGCUUUGGGCCUGCAAGAUUAUCUUUUCCACUUCAUCUCCAUCCAUCCCAUCAUCGUUUAAACCCUCUUUCUUUGCCCUUUUCCCUUCUUGUAUCUUUCUGUCCCUCGCUGUGGAACUAAAUCUUCAACCUGCCACCCCUGGAGUCCUUUCAGAUGUCCACAGCCUGGCGCUGAAGCGGGCGCUUGCCAGCAGCCCAGAUGCAUUUGCGACUCUUUGCCAUUGUGAUAUCCUUGCUAUGUGAGGUGAUCAGGAUGGGGUCUGGCGUUGUGCAGAAACAAAGUGCUCAGAGAGAGACAUCAGAGGACUGUCGGAGCUGUCUAGAGUGUUCCCGUGACAACGGCUGUGUGCGUUGCCCAGAGCGACUCUUCCUGUUCCUGCAGAGGGAGGGGAUGUCUCACCAUGGAACUUGUCUCCACGCCUGCCCAGCUGGACACUACGGACAGAGAGGGAAGGACAUCAACCGCUGCAUGAAAUGUCGCUCGUUGGACUGUGAGCACUGUUUCAGCCGGGACUUCUGCACCAAGUGCAAGUCUGGCUUCCAGCUGUACAAAGGCAAGUGUCUGAUCAGCUGCCCAGAGGGAACCGUCGCACACCAGACAGACUGCCUCGAGGACUGUCUCCUGGCUUCAUUGGGAGAGUGGAGCGACUGGAGCGUCUGUCUCCGUGAUGGCGUCACCUGUGGCUUCAGGUGGGGCAAGCAGACCAGGACCCGGGGGGACGGGCAGUCUGGGGGAAUGCCUGAAGAGAAAGCAGCAUCAGUUUGCCCAUCCCACAGCGAGACACAGAGGUGCAGGCUGAAGAAAAAGUGUCCUACAGAAAGAAGAACGAAUAAAAAAGGAGGACUUGGGAGGAAGAGGGAGAGAAAACGACUACGGCUGCAUGCCAUCGACAAUGUUGGCAACUCGCCGAACGGAACAACAGACGCCGCCGGAGAGCAUGAGGAUCCCUGAGGACGAGGCGGACACACCCUGAGACGACACCUGACACAUGUUGAACAUGAAUAUCAGUCAGCUGACAUCAGCAGGAGCUUUGAAAUCUGACACCAAAUCAUUUUUUAUUAUGUUUCCCAAUCAACCUGUACAAUCAGAAACUUUAUUAAAACGCACUGCCAUUCACCAGAAUCUUGUUUACUGGAAACUCAAAAUGAACAGAUAAAAACAUGUUAUGACUAAGAAAUUCUUACAUCGUGAUACAUGUGACCAAUGAGUCAAAUUUCCCCACCCAAGCAAUGUUGCAACUUGGUGGUAGCCAAUAAAAUGACCCUUCAUGGAUAAACGCAUAAACUUUUAUAUAAUAAGAAUAGUUUGGUUUGGAAAUGGAAAUGUGAGUGUUAACACCGUAAAGUUGUUUUAAUCAAUCACCAAAUGUGUCUCUGACAUGUAGUAAUUUAACAUUUCUUGUGAAUUCGCCAAAAAUCAGAGAAGACUCUGGAUCGGGUUCACAAAAGUUAAGAAUCAAGUAAAAUGUGUGCAUUUACAUUUAACAAAGAAAUGUAAAACAAGCUGUGGUACCAACAAAUUCUCUAAAUAGUCCCAGAAAUUCCAGAAACUGUGAGAUUAUAGGUGGACUGUGGAGUUUUCCUGUAAACAAACUCAAACUUUCUCAUAAAGACUUUGCAAAGAUUUUACUUAAGUUUAAAACCUACAUUGACAUCCAUGUCUACUAGCUUGCCAUCUUCUUCUUCACUGCCUUUGUUGGUGCAUUAAUGGGUUUCUUGACAGGCUACUGCCACCUGUUGAUCAGUGGAAUAGUGUGAAACUGGUGACGUGCAUGCGACGCUCCAAAGCAUUAACAGUGGUCAAAAGCUCCACAGGAAACCUUUAAUUCACCAAACCUGACAGCCCUUCAGUCCUCUUGUAUGCACAGAGCUUUUCUGCUCACUUCUCUGACCUGCUGCUGAUUAUGCAGCCUUUAUCUGAAUACUUACACUCUUCAAUAAGUUCUCAGUCCACCUCGCAAAGAUGUGUGUGUGCUUUAGUCAUUUUGGGGAGUCAUGAACUGUGUGGUGUCACCUGCAGAUAACUAUAAGGUGGGCAAAAUAAUGUGAUUUACAGUAUAUAUAAUUCAAAAUGAAUUAUUAAAUUAAAGACGAUGACAGGCUCCUGUUUUAUCUUCUAUUGUGCAGUUAGUGAAGUUUCUGUGCUAUUCUAGUGAUAUUACCUGCUGUUCCCUUGAGUCUUUACCAAAAUCAGAGAGGCCACGGUACAAAAGUAAACUUUAAAAAAAGAGAAAGAAAAAAAGGUCAAGAAAAUAAGACAAUAAUCAACUGGACUUCAUCACUCAGUAACUCUAAAUUCAGAGAAGCUGCUCAGACCUGAUUUCCCCGCAAUAACAAGUCAUUUUUAAAGCGCUGGCCUCUGAAUCAUCUCAUUAAAGUUAGUGUCACUUUUUCCAGUUGGCUUUGUUUCUGAAUUAGAAAAUGCUGUAAAUACAGACAAAAAUGUUGUCUAUUGUGUUUCACAAGUUUGUUGUAUUUGUCAGAAACAAAGAAGGAAUUCCCACACAGUCAAACUACCAAUGAAAUUUAACUUCACACUUGGCCUUAUUUAGUUUUUCAAUAUAAACUUGCUGUAUGCUUGAAAGGAAUGGCUGAGACAAUGUAUGAAUUAAAUGUACUCAGUAACUCGUCAGACUUAUUAUCUGCAUGUCAUAUCUGAUAUUGCAAAAGAAAAGCACAAGUGAAGCUGAGGUGUAGCAGGACUGAAGAUGUGGGUGGUCCUUCUUUUUUUCAGCGCUUAUAAAAGAUCUCAUGUCUGUUCAUUGGCUUCUGUCAAUUGUAUAUUUAUCAAUACUGCUAUGACUAAAUAGGAUUUUAUUCCACAACAUGAAUGUAAGUUUCAAUAAAUGUAUAUUUUGAUGCUGCA